AUGUCGACAUUUGGAAAAUUGUUUCGCGUGACUACCUAUGGGGAGAGCCAUUGCGCCUCUGUCGGUGCAAUCAUCGAUGGGUGUCCCCCGGGUUUACCUCUGGCACCAGAAGAUGUGCAGGUGCAGUUAAGCCGCCGCAGGCCAGGCCAGAGUAACCUCACUACACCGAGAAACGAAAAGGAUCUCGUGCAACUCCAGUCCGGGCUCGAGCACGGUGUAACUCUGGGUACACCCAUCGGACUGCUGGUGAAGAACGAAGACCAGCGCCCCCAUGAUUACUCCGAGACUGACUUGUAUCCUCGGCCGAGUCAUGCCGACUAUACCUAUCUCGAAAAGUACGGCGUCAAAGCUAGCAGUGGUGGUGGGCGUAGUAGUGCUCGCGAAACGAUUGGUCGCGUUGCAGCGGGGGCCAUCGCCGAGAAAUACUUGAAGCUUGGCUUUGGGAUUGAGGUGGUUGCGUUCGUGUCAUCAGUCGGAAAGAUUCACCUCCCUUCCCAUGUGGCGCCACCCUCCCUCGCCUCUGACAAGGAUGCAGACAACGACGACGUGACUGAUGCUCUCUCAGAGGAAUUCCGCAACCUCUUGUCCACCAUAACGAGAGAGCAAGUAGAUGCACAUCCUACACGUUGCCCGCAUCAUGAGACAGCUGAACGAAUGACCCUGCGCAUCAUACGUGCCAAAGACAAACAAGACUCCAUCGGCGGAACGGUAACCUGCGUCAUACGCAACGUCCCUUCAGGUCUUGGUGAACCCGUAUUCGACAAGUUCGAAGCUGCGCUCGCGCAUGCCAUGCUCUCCAUCCCUGCAACCAAAUCGUUCGAAAUUGGGUCCGGAUUCCGAGGCACGGAGGUCCCUGGAAGCAAACAUAACGACCCAUUCGUUCAAAAAACGAAUGGAUCGCUUGGGACGAAGACGAACUGGAGUGGAGGUGUGCAGGGCGGAAUAACGAACGGAGAAGAUAUUUACUUCCGGAUAGGAUUCAAAUCACCUGCGACGAUCUCACAACCUCAAGAGACGGUACAAUACGACGGAACGCCAGGCGUUCUCGCCGCCAGAGGACGACACGAUCCGUGCGUGGUUCCCCGCGCAGUUCCCAUAGUCGAGGCCAUGGCCGCGAUCGUUGUGUUAGACCAAUUGUUGAUACAAAAUGCUCGGAAGACGGCAGCGAGUUUGUUGCCUCCGAUCACCACCUUACCUCCUACUAUGGUCAUGCCACCAAAAGAAACGUUAGUCUCGAAGUAA